AUUUUUAAAACCUAAAACCAAAAAUAGAAAAUGAAAUAAAUAAAAAGGUCCAAAGCAGAGCACAAAAUACAGAAUAUUAAAACGACACAAUUGAAAGUGGUGGCUGCUGCUCACUCCACGUUCGCCGAUCCGAUCCCAACUCCAAACCGUCGUCAAGUGUUCUCUGUGACUUUGAGGCUUAAUAGACGAAGAUGUUGGGGAUUAUAAGGCAAAAACUGGGAGCUGGAAGCUCAUCUGCUACGAUGCUGGGGCAGUUGCAGAGGAUCCGCCCCGCCGCGUCGGCAUUGAGAAGUUUCUCAUCUUCUGCAAAAGAGCAGAUGACAGUGAGGGAUGCUCUAAACUCUGCCCUUGAUGAGGAAAUGUCCGCCGAUCCGAAAGUGUUUUUGAUGGGUGAAGAGGUUGGGGAGUAUCAAGGUGCUUACAAGAUAACUAAAGGACUUCUGGAUAAGUAUGGCCCUGAGAGGGUUCUCGAUACCCCAAUCACAGAGGCUGGAUUUACUGGAAUUGGAGUUGGUGCUGCUUACUAUGGUCUGAAACCUGUUGUAGAGUUCAUGACCUUCAACUUCUCAAUGCAGGCAAUUGACCAUAUCAUCAAUUCUGCUGCAAAAUCAAAUUAUAUGUCUGCUGGUCAAAUAAAUGUGCCCAUUGUUUUCAGAGGUCCAAACGGUGCUGCUGCUGGUGUUGGUGCCCAGCACUCUCAGUGUUAUGCAGCAUGGUUUGCUGCCGUCCCUGGGUUGAAAGUUUUGGCCCCUUAUUCAUCUGAAGAUGCUCGUGGACUGCUAAAAGCUGCCAUUAGGGACCCUGAUCCUGUUGUUUUUCUUGAAAAUGAGUUGCUAUAUGGUGAAUCAUUUCCUGUUUCUGCCGAAGUUUUUGAUUCCAGUUUUUGCCUUCCAAUAGGAAAAGCUAAGAUCGAGAGAGAAGGAAAGGAUAUCACCAUUACAGCUUUCUCAAAAAUGGUUGGCUAUGCUCUACAGGCUGCUGAGAUUCUUGCUAAGGAGGGAAUUAAUGCUGAGGUCAUAAACUUGCGGUCAAUUCGUCCUCUGGACAGGGCCACCAUCAACACUUCAGUCAGGAAAACCAACAGACUUAUAACAGUUGAAGAAGGAUUUCCUCAGCAUGGUGUUGGUGCUGAAAUCUGUGCAUCCGUUGUUGAGGAGAGCUUUGGUUAUCUUGAUGCGCCUGUUGAGAGGGUUGCUGGGGCUGAUGUUCCCAUGCCUUAUGCAGCCAAUUUGGAGAGAUUGGCUGUUCCUCAGAUUGAAGAUAUUGUUCGUGCUGCAAAGAGAGCGUGCUACAGAUCUGUGCCAUUGGCUGCAAGUGCUUAAAUUUACCCCUUAAAUGCAGAAACUUCUCCGGAACGAGGAGAUACAGAGAUUGUACAUUAUUUCUCUUCUUCAUCCUGUGUGGGGAGGAACUGCUUGUCAAAUAACUGGGAGAUCAUCCUGUGUGAGGAGGAACUGCUCGGUCAAUAACUUGGGAGGACAUUGACAAGAGCGAGGAAUUUUUUUUGACUCUGUUUAGUCGUUUAUAUUUGUGGCUGUCAACAUUACAACCUAUUGGGUUUUGGAAGCCAUUUUCAGGGUUAUCUACUGAAAUACCACAAAUUUUAUUCCACAUAGGUUUAUGGUGCAGCUUCAUUGUUUAUUUUGUGAUGCUUUUUGUCCACUUUGGUGUCUUUUAGUUUAUUAUGCUGAUUGAUAUGUACUCUCAAGAAACUUACGGUUGAAACAAGCGAUAAAAAGAUGAGAAACAAGAAGAAAGCAUUUUGUAAUCAAUGGCAAAUGUCUAUGAAAUUGAGUGACUUACUGAUUUUCGAUGAAA